AAGCUCCUUCCCAGCGCGUGACACUUUCGUUACACCCCGGUAUGGUAUAGAGAGCUCCGCAAACGGGCUAUCGCUGUGAGGAGCUUGAGCUAACUUCUGAAUCAACACUCUCACAUCGUUUCUUCAUAUAUGGUCAUGGCGGAGUCAACCAGGUGAAGUCCUGAAUCUAGUGACGCCAUGGCAUCUGAGACGAGCCCCGUGCCAACUUGGGACGCCUUCGUCAAGAGUAACCUCCUGAGUGCUGGCAUAGUGAGUGGAGUAUGUCUCUCAGCCCAACAUGGAGUGCCCAUCUACACGCACGGGGACCUGGACGCUCUGGAACAGGCCGAUCUUCAGCAGUUUCUGCCCGUGUUUCGCUCUCCAUCUAGCCAGCACACAGAGGGCAUCCUCGAGGCCGGGUUCACGAUCUCAACAAGGGGUGGGAAGACAAUGGAGUUUAAAGUGUACCAGAAGACUUACUGCAGUGUCUAUGCCACCUCACCGGGGAAUACAGAGGGCCUGAUCAUCAGCAACCUUCCUCACGGCGUUCUGCUGUGUACGUACAGACACCCUGUCCAGCCUGGGAUUGCCAUCAAACAUGUAGAACAGUUCUGUGAUCUACUCAGAGCCUAGACGGCCAUCAAGCAUGUGGAACAGUUCUGUGAUCUACUCAGAGCCUAGAUUGCCAUCAAGCAUGUGGAACAGUUCUGUGAUCUACUCAGAGCCUAGAUUGCCAUCAAACAUGUAGAACAGUUCUGUGAUCUACUCAGAGCCUAGACGGCCAUCAAGCAUGUGGAACAGUUCUGUGAUCUACUCAGAGCUUAGACGGCCAUCAAGCAUGUGGAACAGUUCUGUGAUUUACUCAGAGCCUAGAUUGCCAUCGAACAUGUAGAACAGUUCUGUGAUCUACUCAGAGCCUAGACGGCCAUCAAGCAUGUGGAACAGUUCUGUGAUCUACUCAGAGCCUAGACGGCAAUCAAGCAUGUGGAACAGUUCUGUGAUUUACUCAGAGCCUAGAUUGCCAUCGAACAUGUAGAACGGUUCUGUGAUCUACUCAGAGCCUACAUUGCCAUCAAAUAUGUGGAACAGUUCUGUGAUCUACUCAGACCCUAGACGGCCAUCAUGCAUGUGGAACAGUUCUGUGAUUUACUCAGAGCCUAGAUUGCCAUCGAACAUGUAGAACAGUUCUGUGAUCUACUCACAGCUUAGACGGCCAUCAAGCAUGUGGAACAGUUCUGUGAUUUACUCAGAGCCUAGAUUGCCAUCGAACAUGUGGAACAGUUCUGUGAUCUACUCAGACCCUAGACGGCCAUCAAGCAUGUGGAACAGUUCUGUGAUCUACUCAGAGCUUAGAUUGCCAUCGAACAUGUGGAACAGUUCUGUGAUCUACUCAGAGCCUAGAUUGCCAUCAAACAUGUAGAACAGUUCUGUGAUCUGCUCAGAGUCUAGAUUGCCAUCAAACAUGUAGAACAGUUCUGUGAUCUACUCAGAGCCUAGAUUGCCAUCAAACAUGUGGAACAGUUCUGUGAUCUACUCAGUGCCUAGAUGGCCAUCAAAGAUGUGGAACAGUUCUGUGAUCUCUCCUCAGAGCCUAGAUGGCCAUCAAACACGUGGAACAGUUCUGUGAUCUGCUCAGAGCCUAGAUUGCCAUCAAACAUGUGGAACCAUUCUGUGAUCUGCUCAGAGCCUAGAUGGCCAUUAAAGAUGUGGAACAGUUCUGUGAUCUGCUCAGAGCCUAGAUGGUCAUCAAAGAUGUGGAACAGUUCUGUGAUCUGCUCAGAGCCUAGAUUGUCAUCAAAGAUGUGGAACAGUUCUGUGAUCUACUCAGAGCCUAGAUUGCCAUCGAACAUGUGGAAAAGUUCUGUGAUCUGCUCAGAGUCUAGAUUGCCAUUAAAGAUGUGGAACAGUUCUGUGAUCUACUCAGAGCCUAGAUGGCCAUCAAAGAUGUGGAACAGUUCUGUGAUCUCCUCAGAGCCUAGAUGGCCAUCAAACAUGUGGAACAGUUCUGUGAUCUGCUCAGAGCCUAGAUUGCCGUCAAAGAUGUGGAACCAUUCUGUGAUCUGUUCAGAGCCUAGAUGGCCAUCAAAGAUGUGGAACAGUUCUGUGAUCUGCUCAGAGCCUAGAUUGCCGUCAAACAUGUGGAACAGUUCUGUGAUCUGCUCAGAGCCUAGAUUGUCAUCAAACAUGUGGAACAGUUCUGUGAUCUGCUCAGAGCCUAGAUUGCCAUCAAACAUGUGGAACAGUUCUGUGAUCUGCUCAGAGCCUAGAUUGUCAUCAAAGAUGUGGAACAGUUCUGUGAUUUGCUCAGAGCCUAGAUUGCCAUCAAACAUGUAGAACAGUUCUGUGAUCUGCUCAGAGCCUAGAUUUUCAUCAAAGAUGUGGAACAGUUCUGUGAUCUGCUCAGAGCCUAAAUGGCCAUCAAAGAUGUCAACAUGUGGAGAGGUUUUCGGACAUGCUCAUCAAACAUGUAAAAAUGUCCCUUCUCUGGAUGAAAUAUGUGUAAAAAGUGUGUAUGUUAGUAUGUAGAAAGAAGAGUUCUGCAGCAUUUGACUGCAGCUUUCUUGGUAUGCCUGUUUGAGCCUCGGGACAUUGGUUUGAGGAUGGAACAGAACUCUUGCCCAGUGUUGUCAUGCUUCGUGUUGUCAUGCUUCGUGUUGUCAUGCUUCGUGUGUACUUUUACAAUAAAUAACUCAGAGUCUUGUUUCAUUAAAAAACAAAAUUUUACUAUGCCAAGGCAAUGCAUGAGAAGUAUGAAACAGGAAUAUAGUAUCAAAUGCAUCAUUACACAAAAUUAACAUAGAUAUAAAUACUUAUAUUAUAUCAUUUGAAAACACAAAGUUGCAAUAAAAUAACUUUAAAAUCAAUGAACAAAGCAGUAAAAUGCCAGUGACAAAGAUACAGAAAAUUCAACAAUUAAUGUUUAAAAAUGAAAGCCUAAGACAUUGAAUAGAGGAAUGCUUAAUAGAGGUGACAGACAUGAUUCAGCGUAAGUGAUUUGAAUGAUUGUAUAAACCGCUGUCUAGUUCAACACUGAUACCAACGAUGCCUCUCUUAUACUCUGUACAUUGUGCAUUUUUUAAAAGCAGCAACCGUGCAUACAUAUCUACAUACCUAUUUCAUAUAGUACACAAAACACAGUAAUCCGAGUCAUUAGGUAAUUGGAUUGAACCAAGUCACAUGUCGAAUGAUAUACUAACUAAAAUCAGAAAUGUGCUCAUUAGGAUAUUCUUCACGCUUCAUCAUUGGGACAUUGGUCUUAUAAUACACCAGUUCAUCAUUGGGAUCUUAUUCUUAUUAAUACACUAGUUCAUAACGAUAUAAUUUUUAUAUUAAUACACUAGUACAUUAGGAUAUAAUUCUUAUUAAUACACUCGUUCAUUAGGAUAUUAUUCUUAUUAAUACACUCGUUCAUUAGGAUAUUAUUCUUAUUAAUACACAAGUUUAUCAGAUGUAUCAAUAAUGGUGAUAGUGAACAGGCAGAGGGAGCCAAUCUCAUCGAUUACUGCAUAUCUGGUGCACACUUCACACAUACAUUAAUUUGUUUCACUAGUUAAAAGUUUCUCACACAAAGUCUGCACUGCAUAGAACUGUGUUCAACCGUGUCGUCAUACUCUCUAGGAGUGAAAUAUCUUCAUACAUGAAAUACUGUGUUCUAAGUUUCAUCAAAUGAGACCUACAUUACCAUGUUCACAUUUACUACUCCUUUCACCAAUGUACAGUUUCUUAAACAAAUAAAGGUGAACAUUU